AACCUAGCCUGUCAAGGCACUGUAGCUUGUGGUAACCUGGGCCCUUCCCACGUUAAACAGUUCAUUCUGUUGUAGUUGAAGAUUGCUCAUUUCCUCCAGUGACUAAUCUUUUUGUGGAGGUGAACCAUUUCAACAAAUAACAUAUGUAAGACACCCAGACAAAACCAUGGAAGGUAGUCGACGCAAGAGUCACUCCAGUGGAGCUAAAGUUACUAGUGAGGAGUGCGGUGUUAGCGUUGGUGAUCGUGUAGUAUGGUUAAGUGAAGAAUACCCAGAACUUGGUUUCGUACGCUGGACUGGAAAACUCUCAGGCCCUGGGGAUCCUCCAGGCUGGAUGGUUGGCGUUGAAUUUGAUAAUCCUGUAGGUAGUGACAAUCACAGGGUAAACAGUCGUCUGUUGUUUGAAGCUAAGAUGAGUCAUGCAUCAUUGCUGCCCGUGACCAGCCUUAUGAAAGCGGAAGAUUUCCUAGGGUCAGAUGCUCUAAAUUCAGAGCAGCAUGGUGGACCCAACCCUGGUGGGAAAAAACAAGCACACCUUACAUCAAAGGGUGAUAACCAGCUAAGCAGUGAAAUAACCAGCAUGACUCCGUUCCAACUUUUAGCCUAUGAGCAGCUGACUGCUGUUGGACAGCAACGCUCAUCUGGCCCUCCUCCUCCACCUUACUCUGAAAAAGAAGACUGGGAAUUACUUCCACACAUGACAUACAGUUCACAGAAGAACAUGUCUUCCAGCAAUAAAGAAACACUACAUGAUCACAAGUCUCGACAGAGAGAUAAGAGCAAAAUGUUAAAUCGUAGUGGUGAGAGGAAAAACAACAAGUGGAAAUCUCAGGGAAGUGGCCGAUCAUCUAAUGCCAACAAUGACCAUGAACAAGGAUCUCCUGUUGGAGGGCUGGGGGAGACUGAUUUCCCAGUCAACCCACUUUAUCAUCUAUCUCGUCAUGGCAUAGAUCAGUUGGAAGUGGUAUCUGAUGGAGAUGGAAGUGUCUAUGAAACCCCUGAGGGAAGUAUUGAAGGAACAGAAGAGGAUUUAGAUAUUGGUUCCAUGGUGGAAGUUGUCAUUAAGGAAGUCCCAAGAUUUGGUGUUAUACGUUGGAUUGGCACUGUUCCUGGAGAUAAGAAAGAAGGAAGAAAAGUUGCUGGAGUGGAAAUGGAGGAUACAGAAGAUGGUUUGUCAGACGGAACUUUCAGUGGUAAACGUUACUUCACAUGUGCAACAGGAAAAGCCCUCUUUGUACCUCUACGGAUGUGUCAUAAAGAUAGUCGUUUUCUAGAAUCCAUCUCUUCAAAUCCAAGAGCUAGUCUAGGGGGGAGAUCAUCUCGAGCUUUUGGUAGUAUGGAUUGCCAGCCAGUAGGUGGGAGUGUGCCUCCCCUCUCAACUCAAGAAGAGGUACAGGCUAUGUUUGGGAAAAAUCGUGGCAUCCAAGGUCAUCAAAAUUCUUGUUACUUGGAUGCUACCCUCUUUAGUAUGUUUGCAUUUACUAGUGUUUUUGACAACCUACUGUUCCGUCCCCCAACUCCACAUGAUAUUAAAGAAUAUAAUGAGGUUCAAAGAGUGUUACGUGAGGAAAUAGUUAAUCCUCUUCGUGCAAAUCUCUUUGUGCGUGCUGAUAGAAUCAUGAAGUUGCGUACCAUGCUAGAUCAUCUCUCAUCUGUUCGUGGCCUUACAACAGAAGAAAAAGAUCCAGAAGAAUUCCUCCAUUCCCUCUUGGCACAAAUUCUACAGGCUGAGCCAUUCCUACAGCUGUCCUCAGGUCAAGAAGCUUACCAUUACCAGUUGUUUGUUGACAAAGAUGAAAAACUAAACCUACCAUCUGUGCAGACUUUGUUUGACCAGUCGUUUCUUACCUCAGAUAUCAAGUUAAAACAAGUUCCGUCCUGCUUGAUCAUCCAGAUGCCUCGUUUUGGAAAAGAUUAUAAGAUGUACCCAAGAAUCCUGCCGUCCAUGGUGCUUGAUGUAACAGAUGUUAUUGAGGAUUCUCCUCGCCAGUGUAUUAUCUGUGGAAAAUUAGCAGAGUAUGAAUGUCGGGAAUGUUUUGGCCAGUGCGGAUCAGGUCUUGAAAGUAUUGCAUUCUGUGCAAAAUGUAUGGAUAAGGUUCACAGCCACAAAAAGAGAGGCAGCCAUGCUUCUACACGCAAACUUAAAGUACCUCCAGACUUCCAGAUGCUAGCUGAUCACUGUGGAUCCAUUCCUAGAGUGUACAUGGAACUUUUUGCUGUGGUUUGCAUAGAAACAUCACAUUAUGUUGCCUUUACCCGCUGUGGUUCUGGUGCAGAUGCUACUUGGUGUUUCUUUGAUUCUAUGGCAGAUCGUAAAGGGGAACAGCAUGGGUAUAAUAUACCAACUGUUGUUGAAUGUGGAGACUUGAUGCAGUGGGUUGGGGAGGAAGGAAGCCAGAUGCUUCAUGCUGUUACUGACAACAAGGCCUUACCUGAUUUACCACGUCGUCUCUUAUGUGACGCUUACAUGUGUUUCUAUAUGAGCCCAAAGGUAAUGAUGUAUAGGUAAGCUGAUGAUGUGCUAUUUGUGCUAGAAGUAUUGGAUGUCCCAGAUUCAAUUAUGAUGAAAAUGGUACAUCGUGAAUUAUAUAUGAAACUUCUAGUGUUUUGUUACUUCAAGUUCCACAUAAGCAAUAACAUUCAGCUUCUGUCCAUUAAGUUUGUGAUGAAUUUGACUAUCAGAUGUGUGUGUUGGGGUCAUCAGAACAAAAUAAUACCAUCAGUUACAAUUUAGUUAUAUAGUUUUAAGUACACAAUAUUUUUUCACAUCUACAGCCCCACACAGGAAUAUACUGUCUUGUUUUAACUAAGAUGACCAAAUACAAGCAGUGCGGGAACCAGCUGUCAAACAGAAACUCUUUAAUUUCAAGUAUAUUGUAUUUGAUCAUAGCUAAUACAUUUCUCCCUACAAUAGUAUGUAUAUGCAAAAGAUAACUUCACUGGCAAAAUUAUUGAGAUAUAAAUUACUUGGUUUAGAUAACAGUAUAUGUUAUUUUUUUAUGAGUUCAGUCAUGCCACUAAGUCAAAAUGUGGUCUUAUUUGAGAUAAUUGUGGUUUCAUAUGAAUCAUGGGUCAGAUAUGAAUAAGUUUCUGUAAUAUUAUAAACAAUAGUGAUAAACUGUCUUUUAUACUUUGGUUUUAGGUCUUUUAUCUCAAGGAGACAAAGAAUAUUAAAGUUCUUAUGUGCCACGAACAUUAUCUUUGAUGUUUUCAUUCAGGUGUCAAGAAGUUGUUGGUUGAUGAAAAUGAGAAAAUUGAGGGGAAUAGUAAAACUGUUGUAAAUAGGGUACAUUAUGGUAAUACUGGCCAUUCACAGGAAGUUUUUGAAAAUCAGGUAGGAAAGGCAGCAGUGAAGACUUGUACCAGUGGGGAUUUGGGAACAUUAAUGACAUUGGUAAUCAUAGACCUGAUUUUUCCAGCUUUAAACAUUGGUGCUAGUAAAAACAACGUUCUUUUGGCCAGCCCUAGGAGAGUUCAGAAUAUUAACUCAAGUGGUCUGGCUAAACUAAUUAAUAAUAAGAAGAGAUUUAAUGGUUAAACUACUUGAUAACAGUAAUAGCAAGCAAUUGAGGAUAACUGUAGUUCGAAACAUGUACAUAAUGUGUAUUGUAGUUUUCCUAAUUUUAGGCAUGAUUUUGGGCCAUUAGAUGACUUUUUAUGUUAUCUAUGGUACUAAUUGAAGGUUAUUAUUCUUUGUCAACACUGCUGUCACCCUAAAUACUGUGCAUAGCUUUUGUUAAGAAUGCCUUUAAUUUGGUGGAAGUUAAGGUAGUUAAAAUAUUAGCUUUGAUUUGCACUCAAGGUAAAUUAUAUUACAACAGAAUUAGCACAAUAUACAUGUAUUGCUAAAUUGUCUAAGUCUAACCAGAUGUUGUAUCAAGUCUGGAAAAAAAAUACUUGCGAGUUCUCAAAGAUUGAGAUGGUUAAACCAUGUGGUAUGAAGAAAUGAGCAACAGCUACUUAGAAAAGCAAUAGUUUUGGACCUUUAGAAAUACCCAGGAAAUCAAGUAGAGAAAAAGUUUAUGAUAAUAAUAAUAGUAUAACCAGACCACUUAGUUAUGCCUAAUUUGAUGUGCUUUAUAAUUUCUUUCUCAUGUAAUUUUGCCUAUUAUUGGACUUCUAAACAUAGGCAAAUAGGUAGAUAUCUCUUCAUAACUAACCCCUUUGUUUAACGUUAAGACAGAAGCUGCUGUCCAAAUUUCAACUAACAGUGAGGGACAAGUUUUGGAAGCAAAGCUGUUAAAGAAAUUUUGUCAGAAACUUCAUCAGAAAUUAUUAAAUAAAAUCUUGCAGUUAAAACAAUUCUUAGGGUCAGAGUUGUGUAUCUCAAGUGAUCAAGUCAAAUUAUUUAAUAAUGAUAAUUUGAAUUCUCAUUUAUUCAAUCCAUAAGUUUUUCCAAGAACCUUUUCUUUAAUGUAUGAAGCUGAAAACUGUGGCACUGUUGUCUAGUAUUAAAAUGCUGUAUAAUCUGUCACUUGUGAACUCAACUUCUCAGAAUGUCCCCUGCUUUUCUUUUUGAGGGGAAAUGUUGGUGACAAAGCAUUGCCAGCUGUUUCCAUAUUAGCAUUUCUUACUCCUAUUUCAACAUACUUAAAUUCUCAACCUCUAAAUGGUACAAACUAUUCUAAUGAAAAUUUUCAUUAUAAUAAUCACAUGAUGAUUUUGCAGCAGUUAAAAUGCCAUAAUAAUGUAAUUUUACACUAGUUACAUUUCAGUAACAUAUCUUCAUAUUUAAUAAUGUUCAAGCAUUGUACUUGGUAAGCUGAAUCUCACAGGCUGGUCAGACAUGUUAUCCAGUAUUAAAUUUGAUUUCUUGUUACCUCUUUUGUCACAGAUUUUUAUUUAUCAGAUAUUAGCUGUAAAGAAUUCAAUCUUUGCUUUGGAGCCUUUCAUAGACUUUUUUUUUUAUGGUGGAUUACAUCUAGAUCAGUUAUGUGAAUACAGUCAGAUUUAGAGAUGUAAGGGUUAUACUUCUGGCGUUUAAGAAAUAAUCAUGCUUGAAGUACUGUUUCAUUGGCUGAUUUUGAGCCGAAUUUAGAAAAUAUUAUUUUUUAUUCUACUCACAUUAUCUGCAAGUCACAUUGAUCUUACAGUGAGAAGAAGUAAAAUGAAGUUUAGGGUGUGCAGUGUCUUUUUAUAGAAGUUAUAACUCACAUCAAAUAGGAGUCAGUUUUAGAUGCAAAGUAUUAUUUUCUAGAAGUAUUGUCAUAAUUAUAACUGGUAGAGGGAUUCAAUAUAUAGAGAUUUUUGGUUAUAUUGACAAUGAUCAGGAAAGCAAAUUUCAGGGCCUUGACAAAAUGCAGGGAAUGCUGAUAAAGCUUUAAAUUCUCUCAUAAAAGUUUGCUUGAAGAGAAAUACAAAAUUAUGAGGCCUUGAAAACUUUUAUAUAUAAAGUUGAUUCUUAGACCACAUUAAUCAGUAGACCACUUGUAGGUUUUAUAUGGACAUGAAGAAAUAAGAAAUUAGAAAUAUAAAAUAUUAUCAUGUAUCCAAUCUAAUGUUGCUUAUUAUCAUGUUACAAAAUUGUGUUCUUAUUAGGAAUGUCUAAAUAACUAAGUUUUGUUGUAGCAGAUUUUCAUCAUCAUCUUUUUUUUUCUUUUUUUUUCCAAGCUUUUGAGAUGCCAGACAUCCAAAAACAGGCAUUUGUCACAGAAUGAUUGUUCCAAAGACCUACUGCAAUAAUCUUAGUGUUAUACAGUUGGUUUACCAAUAUUGUGCCAAAAAAGGUUUAAAGAUCUGGACAUUAAAUGCUGUUGAUAGUUUAUUUUGCUACAAGUAAGUUAAACAUAAAAAUUUCUGCAAUUAGAAAAUAUUGUGGUUAUUGUUAAGGAAAAUUGAAAUAUGCUGUAAAUAAGAUAUAUUUUUUACCUCAUGAAAACCUGUUGAGAUGAAAAGUUGUUUGAAUUUAUUAUACAAUAUUGUACAGGUAUUUUAUGAAUUCAACUGCAUUUUUGUGAUAGAAUAAUUUUAGCUAUCUUAUGUGUCAAUCAACUUCAGUAAUAGUCACUGAAUAACAUAUUGUACUUAAUCGCAUAAUUUAUACCGUAUUCUGAAGAAUGAUUUCCAUUGUUGAAAUAUCUAUACUAAUUGUAUGGUCAUGUAUGGUCAGUACAUCAAAUUCAGCUAUAUGCUUUGUUUUGAAGUAACAGAAAUAUUACUUGCAUUAUUAUUCCAUGUAAAUUUAUAGAUUACUGGAAAUUUCUUGAAAGUCGUAUUGGUAUUUGAUUUUAAGGAUCAUAAAAAAUCAAGGUCUUGUAAGGUUUGUUGCAUUUUGUUAUAUAUUAACUGAAUGUUUUGUUCCUAUAACUUAGCAGCUUUCAUUCUUUAAUUUUUGUAGAUAAGAAACAUGCAUAUCUAGAGAAAGCUGAAAUUUAUAUGCAAAGUAUUGCUAAACAGUACAGUAAUCUGUGUUACAUAUUGAUUAUAGUCAUGACAAUUAUUUUGAAACUUAUUUCAGGUAUUUAUUUUUAUUUUCUACAUUCUUAUAACUUAGAUAGAAAUACAGGUUACACUUGGUUGUGAUUAUUUUUUUUCUUAAGUCAAACUAUUUUAUUUACCCUUGUCUUCUAUGUUCUACCUUUAUUUUUUCUGGCAAGUUUUACUUUUUUAUUCAGUUGUAAACAUUAGUUUGUAAUAGUAUUUAGUUGAUAAUUAACCAAAGACUUGAUAUGUAAGUUGAAGUGAUAAGAUUACAUACAUGUUUUAAAUGUUUUUAUCCACUUGGAUACUUGAAAGUAUCAGGAGGAUUACCAUGCUUUACCAUGUAUCAGUUCUAAUUGACUUCAUAAUUUUAUGGGCAUAAAAUGUUUGUUUAAUGGAUGAAAUACUUUUUCUGCUUUACAUGUGAUUCAGUGUUAUUUGUAGUUUUCAGCAUUUUAUUUCAAUUCAAAAUGUUCUUUUAGUUAUUUUGUGUAAUAUUCUUUAGUUUAAGAAGCACUGUAUCAACCCUUUUCUCACAUACUUUGCCAUAAACCCUGAAAGUUAAGUACUGUCUGUGUAAACAAAUUAUAUUUGUUACUUUCAUUGUGAUUAUUUUUGUUGUGACAGACUGUAAGAUUUGGAAUAUGCACUGAAAAAUAAUUUGUAGCUAAUGAUAGAUUAUUUACUCAAAAAGAACACCCUUUUUUUUUGUACAUGUGCAUUAAUCUACAAGUAGGCAAAGUAGACCUACAAUAGAAAUGGCUGUAGCAAUAAUUACAAGAGGGAGUGUGAGUGUGUGUGUGUGUGUGAGACCUCAGUAGUGUGGAGUCACAAAGUUUCCUGUAACUAUACCAUGCACAUAUGCUGAUUUUGCUUUAGAGCAAAUGUCCUGUGUGCUUGUUGUAAGAAUAUUUUUUUUAUAUAUUUCAGGUUGUAAUUUGUUAAGUGAUUGUGGGCACAACCUAUACUCAUGAGGUUUUGAUAUAAACAAGUAAAAAAAAUAAUAAGCUAUGAGGAUUUGGACUGAAAUUACCACAUGCUUAUAUGUAUUAAUCUUAUUUUUUUCUGUUUAAUAUUGUGAUAUGAAUGAUAGAUAAUUCCUUAUCAUAUUUAGCCCCUCUUCUUAGAAUGUCAUCCUAUUGUUAAGACUGAAGGUUUGUUUGUGUAUGAACACCUUCUGUCUUCUUAUGACAUUCUGAAUGCGGUGCAUGGGAGCAUGGUCGUUGUUGACCAGUUUUUACCCGAUAUAUGCUCGCGUUGCCAGAUCUCACAGGAUUCCUUGCUUUUUCAUCUCCAAUUUUUAACCGGAUCCAGCUAGGCACUAAAAAAUUAUCCUAUUGUUAAGACCUCAGGUUUGUAGCUAUGAAAAAUACAAAUUGUCUUAGAAAAUUUUUCAUUUUUUAAUAAGCGGCGGCUACAUGUACGGCAUACGUACUGGCUAGGACAGACAAUGAUAUUACUGUAAGAUUAAUAUCAAGAGGUAUUCCUCCAAGUAGCUUGAGCCAGAUUCAUCUUGGUGGUAGCCCAUAUUUGCCCCCCCCCCUUUUUUUUUUUUUUUUUUUUUUUUAGAGAUAUCGUGAUGCAUUUUCAAUGAUACCUUCAAAAGGUUAUGGCCAAUGAAUAUUAUCUUGUGUAGGAGAUCUUACCUGGGCUUCUUGGUGCUGAAUACUGAAUGUUCAUGAUACCAUACCGUAAACUGUGCUGAAGCCAACCCUGAUACUAACUUAACACCAAGUUACACUUACUUGUAGAUUACCACCUUACAUGGCAUUUAACUACAGUGUUACAAGUUUUGGCAUGUUGCUCAUCAAGUACAUUAAAUUUUAUAACUGUUCUGCCACCACUUGCUAAGGUCAACUAAGCUAACUGGGAGUCUCAUUACUUCUUUAAUAAAAGUAAUUAUUGUUUCGAUCACUGUCCUUCUUGCUGCACUUCUGGGAGUUUUUUUUCUGUUAGUUUAGGGAAGGCAUCUAAAAUUGUUAAAAUAGCUUUUGAUUUUACAUCAGGUCCUGUUUUCCAUAGUUUUAAAUUGGAAUCCUUUGAUUUAAGAAAUUUAAUAAUAACUUGUCAUUUAUAUCUGUUAGUGAUUUCAGUCAUUUAUAAUCUGUUAGCGAUCCCCUUCUUACUGGGGCAGAUUACCCUCUCUCUAGUAGCCAGUGAUAAAGUAAGCACAUUGGUGUAGCUUACCCUGGUUAAUAGGUAAUGCAGGUACCCUGUUGAAUAGUUACAUCAAGUUUGGAUUAAAGCACAUGUACAUUUUUUCAUCCAGUCAUUUACACUUGUAAAUUGCUCAUAUUUUUUUAGUCAUUGCUUUAUACCAUUUUCUUUUUCAUUGCCACAAGUUAUUUCCUUAAUACCAAGCCAUUAAUAUUUCAUUGUAAUGAUGAGUAUUAAUCUAGACAUGGAGAACAUUAGUAUGGAAUUUUUAAAAUACUUUGUCAUAAUGGUUGGCAUAGAGGUUUUAACUUUGCAAAGUGUUUCAAGAUCUUCAGAGAUUUUAGAACAUGAAUAUAAAUGUUAGUACAGAGUAAAUGAUGUUUUAAGCCUGUACAAAUCCAGUUCAUUAUCUUAUUAAGUUAAUCCCUCAUUAGUGAUUUUCUUCUAGUCAGCUUUAUCCUUAAAGUUUAUUUGGUAUUACUCCUGUCUUGCAAUGCCUUCAAAUGUCAAGAAGCAAUGUAGUAAAUGUAUUGUAUUGGAAAGUUAUGAAUAAUAAUAAUGUUCAUUUUGCUAAUAAACUUACAAAAUAAA